CUCGCCAUUGGCUCAUUCGACCCGUCCGUCAUUUCGUCUCGCAUUACGUCACGCGAGAGAACACGCGCAGCCAAGAUGGCGGCCUACAGUGUUGUUCGGGGUACUCGCGGAUUGUUCGAGGGCUUGCGGCUGUCGUUCAGGACCCUGGCGCCGGUCAAACAUGGCGCGCGGGGGCUCCAGCCGAACCGCUGUUACUCCGUCAGCGACCUGUCCGUGAAGGAGCGCAUCGAGAAGAAACGCAGAGCGGCGCUGGCCGGCGGAGGUCAGAAGAGGAUCGACGCGCAACACAAGCGGGGCAAGCUGACGGCCCGAGAACGGGUGGCGCUCCUGCUGGACGAAGAGUCCUUUGUGGAGCUGGACAUGUUCGUGGAGCACCGCUGCGCCGACUUCGGCAUGGAACAGGAUCGAAACAAGUUCCCCGGCGACAGCGUGGUGACGGGGAGCGGCAGGAUCAACGGGCGGCUGGUGUACGUGUUCAGUCAGGAUUUCACCGUGUUUGGCGGCAGCCUCUCUGGAGCUCACGCGCAGAAGAUCUGCAAGAUCAUGGACCAGGCCAUGUUGGUGGGGGCGCCCGUCAUCGGACUCAACGACUCCGGGGGGGCUCGCAUCCAGGAGGGCGUGGAGUCUCUGGCGGGAUACGCGGACAUAUUUCUGAGAAACGUGAUGGCGUCCGGGGUGGUCCCCCAGAUCUCCCUCAUCAUGGGACCUUGCGCGGGCGGCGCCGUCUACUCGCCCGCCCUGACGGACUUCACCUUCAUGGUCAAGGACACGUCGUACCUGUUCAUCACGGGUCCCGAUGUGGUCAAGUCGGUCACCAACGAAGACGUCACUCAGGAGGAACUGGGCGGCGCCAAGACGCACACCGCCGUGUCCGGCGUGGCGCAUCGGGCGUUCGAGAACGACGUCGAGGCGCUUUUGCACCUGAGGCAUUUCUUCAACUUCUUGCCGCUGAGCAAUCAGGAUCCAUCGCCUGUCAGGGAGUGUCACGACUCCAGCGAGCGUCUGGUCCCGAUGCUGGACACGAUCGUCCCGUUUGAGUCGACAAAGGCUUACGACAUGUUGGACAUCAUCGCCGCUAUAGCGGACGAGAGAGAAUUCUUCGAGAUCAUGCCCGACUACGCCAAAAACAUCGUAGUGGGAUUCGCUCGCAUGAACGGGCGCACCGUGGGCAUCGUGGGCAACCAGCCCAAAGUGGCCUCGGGCUGCCUGGACAUCAACUCGUCGGUGAAGGGCGCCCGCUUCGUGCGCUUCUGCGACGCCUUCAACAUCCCCAUCGUGACCUUCGUGGACGUGCCGGGCUUCCUGCCGGGCACGGCGCAAGAGUACGGCGGCAUCAUCCGCCACGGGGCCAAGCUGCUGUUCGCCUUCGCGGAGGCCACCGUGCCCAAGAUCACCGUCAUCACCAGGAAGGCGUACGGCGGCGCGUACGACGUGAUGAGCUCCAAACACCUGCGAGGGGACGUCAACUACGCUUGGCCCACGGCCGAAGUGGCCGUCAUGGGCGCCAAAGGAGCGGUUCAGAUCAUCUUCAGAGGGAAGGAGAACCAGGCGGAGGCCGAAGCCGAAUACGUUGACAAGUUUGCCAACCCUUUCCCCGCCGCGGUCAGAGGUUUCGUGGACGACAUCAUCGAGCCGUCCAGCACGCGCAAGAGGAUCUGCCGUGACCUGGAAGUGCUCGCCAGUAAGAAGCAGGUCAACCCCUGGAAGAAGCACGCCAACAUUCCUCUCUGAAACUUCGCCUUGUUGGGUUUUUUUUUUCCCCCCCACUCCACCGGAAGAAGCCUGGAGUGUAUGAAUGAAAUAUAAGCAGGUCAAUCUCAUCUGUACAGUUCGUCAAGGACAUUCUUGUCAUUAUCAACUGAUGCGUUUCAUCUAUUUUGUCAAUAUAUCUUAUUCCCCCCCCCACCCCCCCCCCCCCCUCCAACCUUCAGCUUCACUCCUUGUUUAGAUUUAGGUCAAGCGGAAACGAUGGUGCCUUUUUUUAAAUCGCGAUGCAAUAAAUAAAGGACUCGGAGAAAAAAAGGGCUAGCGUUGCAUCUUGUUGGGGGCUUUUUCCCGCAAGAACAAAGUAGUUCAUAUUUUUGCGCUCGUUCUGUAAUGUCCUCAGAUUGCCCACAAUGCACCUGUGCCUCCAUGAUAGCGGAGUAGCAAAUAGGAAGGUGAGACUCCUCGCAGGGGUGAUGGGCGGAGAAAGCAAGCCGGUGAACUUUUUGAGAUAGGAAGGUCCGCAUCACUAUUGUCAACAGCUUCUCAAUGUCAGCUACCAUAAGUAGAGAUAGUUCUUUGUGAUAUACAGUGAUGCCUCGGUUCUGGACCACAAUCCGUUCCAGAAAACGGUUCGAAAAGUGAAUUGUUCGAAAACCGAAUCGAUGUUUCCCAUUACAAUGAAUGGAAAAAGAAAUAAUGCGUUCCGAGC